ACACAAUCAUCUCCCAGUCCUGCCCCCUUCAAACUCCUCCUCCUGCUCCUGCCUUGGGCUUGUCCCCCUCCUGCAUCUGUGCAUCAAGCCUGCAAAUGCAAAUGUUAUGGUACAGCCCGCAAGUAAGCAAGUAAAUUUAUAAUGAGUCAUUUUUGAUUGCUAUUUGUGCAAUUAAUAAUGCAUGAGAUUUCCUUUUGGUGUUGUUACUGCUGGCACUGCAUUUAGUCUCAAGACUUUCGACUUUGUGUUCACAUUUGCUCCGUGCAGGCUGUUUCCUCAAACUCUUGUGAUCCAUGUCUGCACUGUCUACCUGCUUUAUAAACCAGCCUUCACGGAGUGCAAGCCGGCUAGCCCUGUCCCGUUAUCUUAAUUUGCUACGCUCUAGGAUAGCGUUACAGGCUGUGAGCCUGCGUGUGCUUGGCAACUGUUACUAAGCGACAUAAAAGGAGAGAGCUGCUCUGAUGGUCAUUGGUGGUUCGCUUGGGAGCAGGAAGCCUAGGUAGCUGGAGUAGUGAAUUCUUCCGCAUCAGCUGCGAUGGAGCAAAGGCGAGGGGCUCAGGUGCAGCUGCUGCGAGGCUGGGAGUGUGCAGUAGCAGCACUAAUGUGCCACUGAAUGGAUUGCUUCUCCAGCACAAUGGAAGUGCCAGACUCCUCGCUAAAUCAGGGGAUUGCUGCAUUAUUCUGUCAGCAUUCCUUCUUGCAAGACUGAAACACUGCUUACCAUAUGUGAAAGGCUGGGGAUUUCGAAUUGUGCAGGAAUACGCUUGCACUGCUAUUUUUGUCCACUUCCUCUUACUUAUCAAUUGAUUCCCCGAUGCUCGAAGAUCCCUGGGUUUUUAUUUAGAAGGCAAAGUAUUUCAAGAGACUUCAAACAGAGGGGGACAUAGCUUGCUACCGGCAUUGUGCAGAGCAGUGUGAGAGUCUUGUACAGUUCUCCUAGGGCUCUUGCUUCUCUCUCUUUCUCUACAACUCUGCACACAAUGGGUGUGAUCGAGCAGCUGGAAGCAGUACACUGGUGGCAGCUUGUCAGCAGCAUUGCAACGCUGAGGUGUGUCAGCAGUCCUCUGCUGCUGAGGAGGCAUGUGCGGCUGUGAAGCGUUGACUGCGGAGACCGACGGAAGCAGCAGAGCGAGCCGGAGGUGUGGAGCGAGCCGCAGCAGCAGCAGCAGCAGCAGCAGCGAGAACAGAUGCCUUGCCGGCGACCUGCAGUCACCGUGGACUGUGGCCCACAUCUGUCUGUGUCAUGAACCAUUCCGUGACUGAAUGGAGCUCCGUGAGCCCCAGCAACACCUCGGCUAACUUGUCCACUCACCGUGCAUGCCCGCUGGGCUUUGGCUAUUCCGACGUGGUUGACGUUUGCAUUUUGGAGACCGUGGUCAUUGUGCUGCUGACAGUCCUGAUCAUCAUGGGCAAUCUGACGGUCAUCUUUGUAUUUCAUUGUGCCCCCCUCCUCCACCACUACACCACAAGCUACUUCAUCCAGACGAUGGCCUACGCAGACCUGUUCGUGGGGGUAAGCUGCUUGGUUCCUGCUCUGACCCUUCUUCACUAUUCCACGGGCAUGCAGGAGUCCCUGACCUGCCAGGUGUUUGGGUACAUCAUUUCAGUGUUGAAGAGUGUAUCUAUGGCAUGUCUGGCAUGCAUCAGUAUUGACCGCUACCUUGCCAUCACCAAACCACUCUCCUACAACCAACUGGUAACUCCGUGUCGCCUUAGGAUCUGUAUCGUUCUUAUAUGGAUUUACUCCGGUGUAGUGUUCUUGCCCUCAUUCUUUGGAUGGGAGAAGCCAGGUUAUCACGGAGACAUCUUUGAAUGGUGUGCCACCUUCUGGGAAACUAAUGCUUACUUCACGGGCUUUAUCGUCUGCCUGCUUUAUGCACCAGCAGCUUCCAUUGUCUGCUUUACCUACUUCCACAUAUUUAAAAUCUGCCGGCAGCACACCAAAGAAAUCAACGAACGUCGUGCCCGAUUCCCCAGCCAGGACGUGGAAGCUGCUGAAGGUAGUCCCAGCCCCGACCGGCGCUACGCAAUGGUCCUGUUUCGGAUUACAAGUGUCUUCUACGUGCUGUGGCUUCCCUACAUUGUUUAUUUUCUGCUGGAGAGCUCGCGGGUGUUGGAGAGCCCCUCGCUGUCCUUUGUGACAACGUGGCUGGCCAUCAGCAACAGCUUCUGCAACUGCCUCAUCUACAACCUCUCCAACAGCGUCUUCAGGCUGGGACUACGGAGAAUAUGGGAAGCUGUCUGCUCGCUGUGCACAUGCCUGGGAGAUGAGUCUCUGCGAGAUCCCAUCCCCAGGAAACGGGCCAAUUCCUGCUCCAUCUGAUGGUCUACCUAGUCAGAGGAGAUACACCAGCUGACAUUCUGUUUGGUCUUUUGCACGCUUGUGUGAAGAUGUUUAGGUGACAAUUGGCAUCAAUGACCAAUGGGCUCAUUGGGAUGGGCUGUUGUGGAAUCUGGGCAUAAGAGGAGGCAGUUCAGUCCGACCUGUUUUUCCAUUCAGUUUAGUAACCUCCUAUGCCCUCGUAGGUUCUGUACCCAUAAUACUCAGUGGUUCUUUAACCUUUAAUGCCUUUUGCUCAAGAAAAAAUAUCAAUUGAUCUUUUUACAUUUUCAAUUGAACCUCAGUCUUUGGUGGAAUGUUUGAGAUCCAGAAUAGGGCGAAAGCCUACUUAUAAUGUUUCAUGGUUUGGAAAUGCGAUGGAACUCGUGAAACUCUUUACGUUUUAACCACCAAAAGCGCUCAACUCCAUUCAGCGAGGGACUGACUGGUUGGAGAAUUGUAUUUACUGUAUUCUAAUAAGGAACUAAAUGACUGAGGAGUGAAAACACUUUUAUGACAAGUACACCUGUGACCAGUCAAUUGUUAACGUCUGAUCACUGAGAGUGUAGUGCAAUCGUUAGUACAACUUUCUGUGAGAACCGUAACACUAUUACUAGGUGUGUCAUAUUCUGCGGUAGGCAGUAGUUCUUUAUAAUAUUUCAGUGUCAGCUUGCAGAUGUACUAAAUAUUAGAUGGAGUUUAUUCUUUGUCUGCGCCUGAUGUACUUUCAAAUGUUCACCAGUUCCAGGAGAACAAUUUAAAUCAAACAGGAGUUGAAAUCACUUUCAAAAAUUUCAAGACAAAAUAAAAGAAUGCGGUGUAGUUAAUCAUUACUUACCCUAAAAGAUGCUUCUAGUCGUAGCGUUUACUGCAACAAUGACUUGGCUCAUACAGACUGUAAUUCUGGCACAGUUGAGGGGAGCUAAGUGAAUGAAAUUGUUGCAAAUGCCCACAGGAAGUGCCCAUUUCACAGGCAUCAGGAACGAUGACUUAAGAGGGUUAAGGGGUGAAUCUUUUAAUUCUCUUCGUGCUGUUGUGUUACUCAGGAUUAUCUUGCAAAAAGGACAACAACCGAACUUGCAUUGCUGUUGAUCUGAAUGCUGCCGAUUAACUCCUUGCGCUCUGCCGUUCCUUUGCAGUAGACCAGCAGUGACUGGAGUGGAAUUAUGCAGCAUUCCUCCACCACUACUGUCAAGUGGUGAAGCCGGUUUUCUAUUUAUAUGACAAAUGCAGAAAUGUUAUUGCAGGACACAAAGGGCUAUGUACUGUCUGAUAAGAAAGAGUUAAGCAGUAAGAAUGUAACGUUAAAUUAUUGCAGAACUAUUUAUUGAUUUAUUAAACUUUUACAUUAAAAACAGACUUUUAUAUAUAUAUAUAAAUGUAUAUCUAUCGAGUAUCUAUUUGAGCAGCCUGUAUUCUUGAGGUCAAUAAAUGGAUAAUUCUGAAUUAAA